GUCACAUGACCAACAGUAGUGAAGUCAAAGACAGAUCUUUGAAGCCAUUUCGGCCAUUGUGGAAAGUGGAAAGGACCUCGCCAAGAAAGGACAAAAUAAAGCAUUGAAAGACAAGGAUAAGGGACAAGACAACAACUGUCAAAUCUGCCAGCAACUCGCGAUUGUAGAGAUGGUCCAAUCGUGCUCAGCUUACGGAUGCAAAAACAGAUAUCAUAAAGACAGAAACAUUUCAUUUCACAAGUUCCCGCUAGCACGGCCAGACGUGUGUGGGAAAUGGGUUACAGCAAUGAGGAGAAACAAUUUCAAACCAACCAGAUACAGUAAUAUCUGCUCUCAGCAUUUCACGAAAGACUGCUUCAAACCAGAGUGCAACAACCGAGUCCUGAAGGAGAAUGCUGUACCUUCUCUAUUCUGUUUCAGCAAACUACAAGUCAAGGCAGAGUCCUUGGCGGACCCGUUACCUCCAGAGAUGGACUUCUCUCUGACCCUCCCCUCCCUCCCCCUCUCUGACACAGAGGAGACCCAGCAGGAGAUACAGACCGAGACCCAUCACACUGUAGACCCCUUACCCCUGGUAGAGAACCUUCCCCACAGCAUGUCCAUCUCCUGCGACCACAACUACACCGUAGAGGACACGGUUCAGCAGAAGAAGAGGAUUGAGCAGCUGGAGGAACAGCUGGACAAGCUGAGGAAGAAGUUAAAGACCGUACAGCAGAAGUGUCGGAGGCAGGAGAGACAGUUGAAGAGGUUUAAGGCUAUCGGAGAGUUCCAGAGGAUGAACAGGGACCCGGCGCUAGGGGAGGGAUAUGUAAUUCUACCCCAACAGCUCUAUGAUGCGCUCAAAGGGAUUGAGCCCGUAGAGGGUCCGUGAAGCCUCAAACACACCUAGCCUGGGUGCCAAGUCUGUGGAGUUGGCAAGACCACAAACCGGUCUGGGACCAGGCUGUAAUAGGCCAGGCUUACGGACCCUGGUUCUCUGGGUCUGCCUUCAGUGUAUUGGGGGGGGAGGGGUUGUCCCAGGUUUCAGUCCCCACUUUAUUAAAGGGUCAGUGUGAGGACUCUCACAUCACCUCUCCCAAUAGAGGUGUAGCGGAUGGCUAAGCGGUCUCUACUACCUUUCUGAGACCUAUAGAACUACUGCCGUCCUGUAUCCAGACAUGUCUCGUCUAGGGGUCAGUGGUAUUGAUGGUCAUUUCCUGUGUUGUGUCCGUGUGGAGCGUUGUAAUGCAAGCCUGUCGGGUGUGUUUUCCACUUUUGUCACAGACAACCAACGACGCAAUGUCUUUUGUAGCAUUUCUAUUUCAUUUUCUUCAGGCUGUAAACUUAAAGUUAAAGGGAAAAAUCCCUCAAAGUACAAUAACUCUACUUGAAGUGUUGAUUUUAGUGUGGUGGAGGGAGGAACACUUGUGUGUACUGUGUCAUUGUUUAGUAAUGUUAGUCAAUUUAUGCCUACUCUUGGAAAAAAAAUGGGAGGUUUGUAAUUGGCCGGGACAUUCUCUUCUACUGUAAUAUGAAAUCAUGUGACCCAACUGGUCAGCUGUCACUUUGAACUAUUGUUGCUGCUAGGCAACAACCUUUUGCAUUAGAGCAAAAAUGUUUCAAUAAAAAAAUACAUUUAAAA